CCUUUUCUAAACUAACAUUCGUUGGCCAAAACCUCCCAUUUCCCAAAACCAUUUCCUUCAUAAAACGCUUACUAAUUAUUUAUCUCCAUCCCCAAAUUGCUUCCUCCUAUCUCAUACGAUCACCCAUCUCCAACCUCGAUUCCUUCUCGCUCUCGCUUCGGAGCUCGUUCUUUUUUCUUGUCGUCCCCGUAUUUUUAAGGGUUUCGCAGCAGAAUCCGAGAGAGCGAUGGAUUGGGGCAACGUGACAGCGGAGGAUCUGAUCGACGCCCUUCGCGAGGUCGACUGGUCGUCGCCGCCGCGUCCUCUAUCCGAAUUUUUCUCCAGGUUUACCGUCCCCAGAUCGUAUGCCAAGUGGAAUAGCCGCCUCAAAUGCAAUCUCUACUACUACCGAACCAACUACUUCAUUAUGAUCACUUGCAUUCUUGGAUUGGGUUUUCUCCGGAGGCCACUCUCUCUUGUAGCUGCGUUUCUGACGGCACUUAGCAUUGCUUUCCUCAAUGACAGCUUUGCAGGUACUUUUAAUGAGAAGGUAACGAGAACAGUGAGGCAAUUCUCUCCACACUUAGCUGCAAAGAUGAGGCCUCCUCUUACGCCCGUUAUUCGUGGACGUCCAUCAGCUAAAAGAGCAAUAUAUAUUUGUGGCAGGCCUCGUUGGGUGUUUGUUUUGAUAUUCUCUGCUGGGAGUUUUAUCCUGUGGUUUAUUUCUUCUGGUCUCUUAACUGUCCUAUGGGCUCUUGCCAUUGGACUUCUUGCCACUAUCCUGCAUGCAAGUCUUAGAACGCCUAAUUUGAAAGCACGUUUGAACACAUUCCGUGAAGAAUUUCGUUCGGUUUGGCGCAAUUAUAGUGAGCUGUAGCUUACAUGGAGUUUGCAGGACGGAUUGAUCACUGAAGCUCAUACAGGUUGUCAUUCUAAAUUUGGGAUUAACUGAUGCUACUUUUGGUAUAAAAUAAUUUCUUUUGGCUGGACUGGAAUUCUGAGGUGAAAGCUGCUAAUCUAUGCAGAUCACCAAGUUGUAAAUUUUCUGGGGCUCUUAUCCGUGUAAAGCAAACUGUUACCAUUUGUUAUCCUCUGUAGAAGAAACGAAACCUUGGAGCAUUUGUAUCCAGUAAGCACAAACGUUCUCAGAGUAUCUGGGCAAGCUUUAAAUGCCCAUUCUAGUUGUCAUAGACUUCUACAUUGCUUAACAGAAGUUGUUGAGUUUUAUUUAUUGGGUACAAUGAAUAGGUGUUGAAUUGCCUGUA